AUGCCUCGUCUCUACCAUAGGUCUCAGCUUGCGCUGCACAUCAAGCGGGCCAUUUGUGCCCAUCAUCAGGCAAACCCUCUGCUGCGCCACGUGGACCUCGCACGAUGGUGUUUCACGCGUUUUGGUGUGAGGCCCGACCGUUCGACCAUUGGUCGCGUUCUCAAAGGCGCCGACCGGUGGGACGUUCCUGAUGACGCCGUGGACGCCAUUCGCGUCCGCGGCGGGGCAUACCCCGCCCUGGAGCGCUCGAUGGCACGAUGGAUUUCGAAUGCAGGCCCCGUUGGCGUCCCUCUGACCCUCGCCACUAUUCGCGACCAUGUUGCGACGAUGGCGCGUGCGAACGGCGUUCCGCCGACUUUCCGUUGCUCCAUCGGCUGGGUCCGCCGUGCGCUGCGCCGCCAGGGAGUACGGUGCAUGAGCGCGGUCGGCGAGGCGGCCGACCAGGAUCUCAACGCAGUGCGCACCACUAAGGAGAAGCUUCCUCAGCUUCUCAUGCAUCUGGGCGUGCGCCCGCGUGAUACUUUCAACUUCGACGAGACUGCGCUGUAUAUCAGCGUGCUUCCUCGCAAAACGUACGGCACGGGCAGGUCGGCCGGGCGGAAGGUUUCGAAGGACCGCCUGACCGUCGGCUUCUUGGUUAAUGCGGACGGGACGCACGCAUUCCGUCCGCUUGUCAUCUCCAAGGCUAAGCGGCCACACGAUUUCAGGCCGGAUUUCGACCCCGAGGAGUAUUGCUACUGGCGCAACACCGCUAAGGGGUGGAUGACCAAAGCCCCACUCGACCAGGGGAUGAUCGCCAUGACGAAGGCGCGGUACCGCCAGCACUGGCUCCGCGCCUUCACCGGCAUGUGGACUGCUGAUGGCGCGACUUCCGCGGCGGCAAGGUUCAAGCUGAACCUCCGUCGCGUGCUGGAAUGGCUCCAUGACGCGUGGAUGAAUAUCCCGCACGUCACUAUCCAGCGCUGCUGGUGGCGCACCGAGUGCCUACCGCGGGCGUGGGCGAUGGAACUCCCGCACGUGGAACAAAGCGGCGACUCACAAGUCCAGGCUGGGGGUGACAUUGGCCUGGACGAGGAGCUGAACGACGUAGGCGUUUUAAUCGAUCGACUCGGCCUCGGGCCGUCCGCGCUGCCUGCUUCCGAGUUCGUCGGAAUUGACGACAACCAGCCGACGUGCGCCGAGCCGGGCGAGGACCCCCUGGCGCGGGAGCCGGCGUCGGCGCAGACGACGAAUAUGUGGGAGGCGCCGGCGGCGACGCAAGCGGUGUACGACGAUAACAACCCUGCGACGCGCGAAGCUCGUCGCACUGCACGCGCUGCCUGCGAGAUGCUCAUUGGGUACGCGCGUGCGACGUGCAUCACGCCGAGAGAUUUGUGCGCGCUGUUUGACAUCCGCAACCCCAUGAUCAUCGCGCGGAUGGAGCGUAAAAGCCCGGCACUUAAUCUUAACGCUACUCCGCCGCCAGCGCCGACACACGAGGACACCCCGCCGGCUGAGACUCCACGUCGCCGCGGUCGCCUUUUGCCGGCGUGGAUGGCGGUGCCGACCCCUGACUGGGUUGCCCAAUCUGCUCGCCGGCAGGAGCUUAUCGACGCUGGCGCUCCCGCCGUGAUGAGCGGAUAUCUCGCUGCAGCAGAGUGGAUGAGGCUGUGA